AUGAAGGAAAAUGAUCAGAAAAAGAAAGAAGCCAAAGAGAAAGAUGAGUUCCUCUGGACUUUGGACAUCUGCAGCGAGGGAACUCCCCAGGCCACCGGGUUCUUUGAUGUAAUGGUAGCUGGGAAGUUGAUUCACUCUAAGAAGAAAGGUGAUGGCUAUGUGGACACAGAAAACAAGUUUCUGAAGCUGGUGGCUGCCAUCAAAGCUGCCUUGGCUCAGGGCUAAUGUGCCCUGAAGGCAGAGUCCAGGGACCUUGACCCAGCUCCUAUC